UCAAGUAUCUGGUUGGUAACGGUGACCAGUGCAGUGACCUGAAUAUCCAAGCAGUGGUCACCCAGCUCAAGUCAGCCUUCCUAUCCGGCAAGUCUUCAGGGAAUGGACGUCUGCAGGAGACAGUGGUCAGUUCUAUAGGAGAGCUGGGCAAGGUUGCAGAGGGAGAGUUACUAAUGGUAGCCAUCAUUUGUCUGUUGGAAAGCUUGCUGUCUACAGUCACGAUGGUUAACUCCAUUGCUUAUAUUGAGCUCCACGCUAUAGCUGAAGCCAAGGGUCAGACCAUGGCGGCCAUCUUGUCUCAGUUCAAGCAGCCUGUGUGUAAGUUCCUGGUAGAGGCCAUGCACGAUGCGGUCCAGUCCUGGUCUCAGAACCAGUCCGAGACCCAGGACCAGGACAAGGACCCGUGCCUGGAAACCAUCACAAAGGUUUCAAAUGCAUUCGGAUUCAAGGAUUUGGAGACAUUCUAUGAGCGUACAUUGGAGUUCCUGUUACCUCACAUUGUCAGUAAAGCCAGCGCUGAGGCUAGUGUUCUACUCAAAGCCCUGGCAAGGACAUUGAAAAUAAGUCACAGAGAGAUGUUGGUUGAGAAUUUUAAGUUCAUUUUCUCUUACUUGGUGAGAACCCAAGGCAAGACUGAGCUGGAAAAGGCUUUGCACUACAUUCAGAGUGAGACUGAGAUUGAAUUAGGACGGCUUCUCAGGAUGGAUUAUCAGAGUCUUCAUAAUGAACUUCUCUUGCAUCUCAGCCAUAACUACUCGCAGGUGUUCAGCGGCCUUGCAAUGCUAGCAUCCCGUGAUGAUGCCUACAAGGGACCUCGUCCAAUCACACACCCAGCAGACAUGGCUGACUUCCUACAGCCCAGACUCCUGGGAAUCUUAGCCUUCUUUGACUCUCAGCUCCUCAACAGUAGGAUACCCAUUCAAGACAAGAAACUGGCAUUAGAGAGUCUAGUAUGCAUCAUGAAGCUGAUGGGACCUAGGCACAUCACAGGGGUGAGAGUCAAGGUCAUGACUACACUGAAGAUUGGUCUCCGCUACAAGGAACAUGGAUUCCCUGCACUCUCCUGCAAGGCAUGGGACUGCUUCGUGCACAGUGUUGAUGCCUCCUCCCUUGGUCCGAUGUUGAGUCAGGUCAUCGUGACCCUCCUCCCACUCCUCAACCAGCUACCUCAACAAGUCAGUACUAUCAUACACACUCUCAUCAUUGACAAUAGAGAUGCAUUUAGUGACCGAUUCAAUGAGAUCUACUUCCUCCCGGACAUUCCCGAGCUACAAGAGGUCAACGCACUAUUGAAGGAGCACAGGGAAGACCCAUCCAGCCAACCUGACCUUCGAACCCUGCUGAAGAGGUCACUUAAAGGGGUCAGUCAUGAGAGUGUGGAUGUCAGAAUCCAUGCUCUCUCCAAUCUCAGGGACCUGCUUCAAACAAACCAGAGUUGUCUUCAUGAGUAUGUAAUGGGCAGUGAGACAGUGGCACCAGUCAUAAAUGAGCUCGUUUCAGUGCUCCUAUCUGGAUGUCAUGAUUCUGAUCAUAAAGCCAAGAACCUGUUUGGUGUAUGCCUGGGUGUGCUGGGAGCAAUAGACCCUGGCAGGCUAGAUUUGAGCACCACGUCUAAGAAAGCUGAAAUGUCCAAGUUUCAUGCUAGUGUUGAGGACAUGCACUUUGCAUUUGACCUGAUCAAUGACCUUGUCAGAGCAUUCCUAGCUGCAGCUGAUCCCAGGUCACAGGACUGCUCUGCAUAUGCCAUUCAGGAAAUGCUCCAGAUAUUUGAGUGCAGGGGUGUCAGCAAAGAUGGACCUGGCCGGCAACUCUGGCAGCGAUUCCCUGAACACAUCCAGGAGAUCUUAUCCCCCCUCCAAAACACCAAGUACAUUCCUUCUGCAGCUUCAGCUAUCAGCAAAGUGACUGUUCAUCCUAUCUACCGCAGUAAGAAGGCUAAGACCUUCAAAGACUGGGUCUGUACCUGGACCAGUUACUUAGUCACAAAGGUUAAAGCCAGCAAACCUGGUCGUAUCUUCCGAGCAUGCAGUAUGAUCAUCAAGCAUGACAUCCAUACAGCUAUGUUCCUACUUCCCUACACACUACUCUAUGCACUACUCGACUCAAAUGAUGAUGACAAGCAAGAGAUUCAGAAUGAGAUUUUAGCUGUACUGACCCACGCAGAGAAAGUAGAAGACCAGCGAUCCAGUGAAGAUCGCCCCAUGAGCGCUCAGACGGUCUUCUCCGUUCUAGAUCACCUGACUAACUGGAAGAGACAACGCAUGCAGAUCCUACAGGCUGCAAAGAGUAGGCGUGGGGCAAGCAACUCGAGUGAAUUAGCCUCUGUAGAGAGAUACCUUGAGUGUGUGAAGGUUUUCCUUCAAGAGAUUCCGCAGGACAUCCUAGCGAGAGCCUCCUUUAACUGCCGAGCCUAUGCCAGAUCUCUCAUGCACUUUGAGUCGUACAUAACGUCAAACAAUCAAGAUGUGCAGAACCAUCUGGGUUUCCUGCAGAAACUGUACAUAGCCAUGGAUGAGCCUGAUGGUGUGUUAGGGGUGUCUGCUAUCAGACUACAAGAACCUAGCUUCAGGGAACAGAUCCAUGAUCAUGAAAGCACAGGUAACCUCCAGGAUGCAGUGGCUUGCUAUGAGAGAGCCACUCAGCUAGAGACAGGAGAGAUGGGUCAUCAUAAAGGACUGGUCAGAUGUCUGCUGGACCUUGGUCAGCUCAACACAGGAUUGGUUCAUGUCAAUGGGGUACUCUCUCAAAGAUCAGACUGGUCAAGCCAACUGAAUUCCUAUCGAGUAGAAGCAUGCUGGAAGCUCGCUAAAUGGGAUGAUCUAGAAUCCAACCUUAAACAUGAAGGACAUAACAGUGAUUGGAACAUCCUCCUCGGCAAGACAUUGCUUGCUGUAAGAGAAGGGAACCAGGACGAGUUUCAAACUCAGUUGCAGUUAGCCAGAAGUGCUCAGAUGGGACCACUCUCAGCUGCAAGCAUGGAGAAAGGCUCUUAUCAAAGAGCCUAUGAAUACAUAGCAAGACUGCACAUGCUCUGUGACCUGGAUCUAGGGGUCACCAACCUCCUAGGUUUCUCUGCUGGGGGUGACAGUAAGAACCAAUCACAAGCCGAGUUGAUGGAGUGGUGGGAUGCUAGGCAAACCAUGGCUCAAUCCUCAUUCAGAACACAAGAACCAAUGCUGUGUCUACGAAGGAGUAUACUGGGUCUCAACAACAAUCCUAUCAACUCCGAGGGAACAGGGCUCAACAAGGACAUUGGUUACUGCUGGCUGAAGAGUGCCAAAGUUGCAAGAAAGGCUGGCCAUCUUCAGGGUGCCUAUAGCUCUCUACUCAAUGCUGGUCUCUACUCCUUACCAGAUCUCUGCAUCGAGAAAGCAAAAUGGCUCUGGGGGAAGGGUGAUUGUCAUCAAGCAUUGAUCGACUUGCAGAAGGGCGUGGCCAAACACUUCUCCAAGGGCAACCGUCUACAGAAUGACAAGUCCGCCGAGGCAAAAGCACAGAGACUAGCCCAUGCAAAGGCCUUGCUUCUUGUAGGACGUUUCAUGGAGGACACAGCCAAGUUUGAGAGUAACUCUGUGAUGAAACAAUACAUGUCGGUCACUGAGGUCAACUCAGAAUGGGAGGAUGGUCACUUCUAUCUGGCCAAGUACUAUGACCGGCUCAUGCUCAGCUUUGCUGAUAGACCAGAGAAGGCUGGAGAGUUUGUUGUACACGUCGUGAAGAACUUUGGUCAAUCUCUGAUGUAUGGUAACCAGUACAUCUACCAGUCUAUGCCACGCCUACUCACUCUCUGGUUAGACUACGGUGCUCACGUCUCAGACCUAGAGAAAGGCAACAAGGUCAACAAGGCUGCACAGGUCAUGGCUAAGCUCCAUAAGAUCAUUGCUGAAUUCACAGAUAAGCUAGCCCCAUACCAGUUUCUGACAUCCUUCUCUCAACUCAUCUCCAGGAUCUGUCACUCACACAAAGAAGUUUCCCUUCAGCUACAGGAGAUCAUCGCUAGGGUUCUUGUGGCAUUCCCACAGCAAGCUGUGUGGAUGUCAAUGGCUGUCUCUAAGAGUUCAUAUCAAAUGAGGCAAAGAAGAUGUGCUGAAAUCUUCAGUCGGGCAAAGGCGCUGGAUAAGAAGCUGCAAAAAUUCAUCCAUGAUGCUAUCAAGCUGACCGAUAGACUACUAGAUCUGUGUAACAGACAGGUGGAUUCAGGAUGUCAGAGACUCAGUAUCAACAGCGAUUUCAGAUCACUCAAGAGACUCCUUGCUGAUAGCAACUUCAGCAAGAUUAUUGUCCCUCUGCAGUCGGCCAUGACGGUCACCCUACCAAGCAGUCAGUCAGUUCACCAUACCCAUGACCCCUUCCCACUGACUGAGGUCUAUAUCAUUGGCUUUGAUGAUACGGUUGAAGUGCUGCCAUCUCUACAGAGACCCAAGAAGAUUGGUAUACAGGGCAGUGAUGGCAGACUCUAUGUCAUGAUGUGUAAACCCAAGGAUGAUCUAAGGAAAGACAAUCGUCUGAUGGAGUUCAAUGGUAUCAUCAACAAGUGCCUCAGAAAGAAUGUGGAGUCUAGGAGGAGAGAGCUCUAUAUCAGAACAUACACUGUGAUCCCACUGAACGAGGAAUGCGGUUUGAUUGAAUGGGUCUCAAACACUGCUGGACUCAGACCAAUACUACACAAAAUAUACAGGGAGAAAGGCUUGUAUACCUCCGGCAGUGAACUCAAAGCUAUGAUCCCAAGUCUCUCAGCUCCUAUUGAUGAGAAGCUGAACAUCUUUGAGAACAAACUGAUGCCUCGCUAUCCACCAGUCUUUGGAGAAUGGUUCCAGAAGACAUUUACAGAUCCUACAUCAUGGUAUCUAAGUCGCCUUGCUUACGCUCGUACCAUGGCUGUGAUGUCCAUGGUUGGUUACAUCCUUGGUCUUGGUGAUCGUCAUGGAGAGAACAUCCUCUUUGAUUCCACCAACGGAGACUGUGUUCAUGUCGACUUCAACUGUCUCUUCAACAAGGGUGAGACUUUCGACUGGCCUGAAAGGGUACCAUUCCGUCUAACUCACAACAUGGUGUGUGCUAUGGGACCGAUGGGGUAUGAAGGGGUGUUCAGACGCGCCUGUGAGGGUACCAUGAAAGUCAUGAGGGACCAGAGAGACCCUCUCAUGAGUGUCCUGAAGACAUUCAUCUAUGAUCCUUUGGUGGAGUGGAGCAAACCGUCCAGGGGAAGAAGCAAUGCUCUCAGUGAAUCGGGAGAAAUCAACAAUGAAAAGGCGUUGGUCCAUGUACGUGACAUAGAGCAGAGACUGCAGGGCAUCUUGAAGAUCAAGAACAAAUCACGGACUCUGCCCCUGUCCAUCGAGGGCCAUGUUGAUCACUUGAUCAGAGAAGCUACGGACAAGAAGAACCUGUGUUUGAUGUACAUCGGAUGGGCUGCAUACAUGUAAAGACACCUACUCUACGUCUGUCACUCCACAUAGCUCAGUUGAUCUAGGAUUGGAUGGGCUGCGUACAUGUAAAGACACCUACCCUACCUCUGUCACUCCACAUAGAUCAGUUGAUCUAGGAUCCUACAAGAUCACUUGAUCAGAGAAGCUACGGACAAGAAGAACCUGUGCCUGAUGUACAUCGGAUGGGCUGCUUACAUGUAAAGACACCUACCCUACCUCUGUCACUCCACAUAGAUCAGGGGGCGUUUCUCAAAACUUGUCAUCAGUGACAAAUGACAGUUUUUGUUAUAAGCUACUGAAAUCCUUGCUUCUAAUUGGUUAACAACAGAUUUGUCACUGUUUUUUGUCAUUUGUAAUUGAAAAAAAGGCUUUGUGAAACGGGUCCCAGUUGAUCUAGGAUUCUACAGGAUAUUAAGAUGUGUGAGGAAAGCCACGGGAUGGCCUGUUUACAUGCAAGGGCAAGGAUGCCACCACUGGCUCAUUAUGUGUCUUAUAUCAGCUUUUCUGAAAUUUUGCCGACAGAAUGGGCAGGAUCGACUGCGUACUUGUAAAAGACAUGUGGUCAACCACUGUACUUGAAGAUAUUGUUCAUCACCUAAUCAGAGAUGUCAGAGACCUAGGCCCUGUUUCACAAAACUUGUCAUCAGUGACACAUGACAGUUUUUGUUAUAAGCUACUGAAAUCCUUGCUUCUGAUUGGUUAACAGCAGAUUUGUCACUGAAUUUUGUCAUUUUUCAUUAAAAAAGGCUUUGUGAAACGGGUCCCAGUUGAUCUAGGAUCCUACAGGACUUGAACUAGUGUGAGGAAAGCUGCAGGGUGGCCUGUUUACAUGCAAGGACAAUGAUGCCACCCCUGGCUCAUUGGGUGUCUUAUAUCAGCUAUUCUGAAAUAUCGCAGACAGAAUGUCCAGGAUUGGCUGCAAACAUGUCAAAGACAUGCAGUCAACCACUGUACUUUAAGGUAUUGUUCAUCACCUAAUUAGAGAUGCCAGAGACCUAGGCCUGUUUCACAAAACUUGUCAUCAGUCACAAUUGACAGUUUUUGUUAUAAGCUACUGAAAUUUUGCUUCUGAUUGGUUAACAGCAGAUUUGUCACUGGAUUUUGUCAUUUGUCAUUACAAAAAAAGGCUUUGUGAAAGGGGUCCCAGAAAAACGUAUGGCAAAUGCACAGUGUAUGUGUUUUGUUGAUCACCUAUUCAGAGAGGCUAGAAACAUGAGGCUCGUACCGGAUAGGAAUUUGAUGGGCUGCUCGUAUGCAAGGACAAAGACCAUACCUCCUUCUACUUUUAUUAAUUGGAAUGGUGAUCAUUAGAUUAAAGAGAACUUCAAGAUUGUUUGUCUGGUGUACAUAUGAUAAACAGCCUAUAUUAUGUGAAGCAGUAUUAAAUUCAGGAAAUACCUUAAUGCAGGAGAUACAAGAGAAUACAGUUUAUUUGCUCUGAUUAGGCAAAAGCAUAAAACUGGCCUUGUGCAAAUUACAAAUCAUUUAAGUGCCUAAUAUAUGAGAGAUAAUAUGACAUAUAUGGAUAUACUUUUGGAAAUUAAAAUUCUGCAAGUGCCUCACAAAA